GUUUACCGAGUGUCCUGCCUCUACGCUUCCAUACUUACUACACCAGACAGCUUGGGUUUUCUGCUUACAGCGUACGUACCAGGAGCAGCACACUGAAGCAAAGAUGCAGAAUCCGGUAUUUGUUAUGAAUACAAAAAACAACCGUCAGGUUGGUUACAGGGCGCAAAUGUCCAACAUUCAGGCUGCCAAGGCCGUUGCAGACGUAAUCCGUACCUGUCUCGGUCCUCGAGCAAUGCUGAAAAUGUUGUUGGAUCCCAUUGGCAGUGUUUUGUUGACGAACGACGGACACGCAAUUCUUCGUGAAAUUGAGGUCGCCCAUCCUGCAGCCAAGAGCAUGAUCGAGUUGGCACGUACACAAGACGAGGAGGUCGGUGACGGUACUACUUCUGUUAUUAUUUUGGCCGGUGAAAUGCUGGCUACAUCUAUUCCCCUUCUGGAACGGAAGAUCCAUCCUGUUGUAAUCAUUCAAGCAUUCAAGCAGGCACUCGAGGAUGCUCUUGCUGUAAUUGAUGAAGUGAGUAUGCCUGUUAAUGUUGACGACGAUGCCGAGAUGUACCGUUUGAUUCGCACUUCCAUUGGAACGAAGUUGGUUUCUCGUUGGAGUGAUCUUAUGUGUCAUCUUGCUCUCAGAGCUGUGCGUACUGUCGCCUCUAAUGAUAAUGGAAAAAUGGAGAUUGAUAUCAAGCGCUACGCUCGUGUCGAAAAGGUCCCUGGCGGGGAAAUCGAAUCCAGUUGCGUUUUGGACGGCGUGAUGCUGAACAAAGAUGUCACACACCCCAAGAUGCGUCGUCGUAUCGAAAAUCCCCGUAUUGUUUUGCUUGAUUGCCCCCUCGAGUACAAGAAGGGUGAAUCGCAAACAAACAUUGAGAUUACGAAAGAGACUGACUGGAACCGUGUGCUCGAGAUUGAGGAGGAGCAAGUCAAGCACAUGUGCGAUUGCAUUACUGCCGUCAAGCCUGACCUCGUCAUUACCGAGAAGGGCGUUUCUGACCUUGCUCAACACUACUUACUCAAAAACAACAUCAGUGUCUUGCGUCGUGUGCGCAAGUCCGACAACAACCGUAUCGCUCGUGCCUGUGGUGCCAACAUUGUGAACCGUGUUGACGAUCUUAAGGAUAAGGAUGUCGGUAGCGGUUGCGGUUUGUUCUACAUCGACAAAAUCGGUGACGAGUACUUUACAUUCCUUACCGGCUGCAAGAACCCCAAGGCCUGUACUAUUUUGCUUCGUGGUCCUAGCAAGGACAUCAUCAACGAGGUUGAGCGUAAUCUUCAAGAUGCCAUGGGUGUUGCCCGUAACGUCUUCUUCCAUCCCAAGUUGAGUCCCGGCGGUGGUGCAACGGAAAUGGCUGUCAGCGUUCGUUUGGCCGCCAAUGCUCGUGGUAUUGAGGGUAUUUCUCAAUGGCCUUACCGUGCUGUGUCAGAGGCUGUUGAGGUUAUUCCCCGUACACUUGUCCAAAACUGUGGUGCCAAUCCCAUCCGAGUGUUGACUGAGCUUCGAGCUCGUCACGCUGAGGGCAAGCAUACUGUGGGUGUUGAUGGUGAAACUGGCAAGGUCGUUGACAUGCAAGAGUAUGGUGUCUGGGAGCCUCAAGCGAUCAAGAUGCAAUCCAUCAAGACCGCCAUUGAAAGUGCUUGCCUGCUACUUCGUGUGGACGAUAUUGUUUCUGGUGUGCGGAAGCAGUCAGAGUAAGCCUACGGUGAAACUGGAUGAAGAAGACGAAAAACAAAAAAGAACCUUUGGUUUGUUAAAUGACAUUGGUUAGGAUAACUGAAGUUUCGGCAGGCUUUCAGCGAUAUGAUAGAACAGAAACAGCAGCACUAGCGAGAAGACUGGGGGCUGUUUCUGAGGCAGCGGACUGAUGUAAAUGAAUGUUGUCGCUUUGUAUUGGAAUGGUCCAUUAGAAUUAAUGUUGUAAUUUACAAGGAUGUUGCGGGGAGAGG